AAGUUGCAGUGGUCUCUUAAUUUUUUCUGGGGUUGUAUUUUUAACAAUAUCAAUGUGCAACCCUGGAACCAAUUUUUGAAUUAAACAUGAAAGCAGUUUUGUCACCAGUUUUGCCAUUCAUUAUUUCGGGUAGGACACAUCAAAUGUCUUCAUCAUGCAUUUCUUCUAAGGCGUGUCAGCUAAAACCACUUGGGUUGACAGGGGAGAGGGGGGAUUUAUUUAAAAUGAUUCAUUUCCAAUAAACUGCAGUCUUUGAAGAUGGCUUCCGAUACCAUGCAUGUGGCUUAGUCUAAUAAUAAAUAUGGAAAAUGUGUGUCAUUUGACCCUUUCUCAGAGGAUGCUCCCAAAUUGGAAAGGCACACCCGUCAGUGAUUGGACUGUGACUAUUUGAAUCUAUUGACAUGAUCACACAUGCAACACGCCCCCUCCCUCCUGCGCCAGUCAUCAGCAGAAAUAGAAAGCCAGACACCUGAUUGCACCUUGUCGCAUCCACAGUCCUGCGAGAGCCUCAGAGUCAUGAGGAUGGCUCACCACCCCUGUCUUACGAGCCUCAGACUUUUCGGAGUUGUCCUGGCCGCGCUGCUUGUCAAUUCGGCGUUUCUGAUCUGGAUUUAUUCUAAGAAGGGUGACGCACAGUCAGGUAUGGGAGGAGGUCGAAUUGAUGACUUGGCCAAAACAACCUGUUUCCUUAAAGCAAUCGACAGCGAACAGAAGUCUACUGAGAUAGGCGAGCUGGAGUGGGAGGAAAGGGAGAGAGACCCUUUUUCAUUGACCAAGAACAGAACCCACAUCAAGGUGACCAAGGCAGGCUGGUACCUGGUCUUUGUGCAAGCCACCUUUAAGCUGCCACCAGGGAACAACACCAAGAACCUUCGGCUACAACUGAAUUUUUGCUACCCGGAGCGCAUAGACCAACUUGCCAGCGCUUUCGACACACGGCAGUUGCUUAAAGAGGAGCAAGACGCCCAUCUGAGUUUUCCUGUCAUUGUGCAGAUGAAGGAGGGAAAUGGAUUGUCUGUACUGGCAAACCACAGGGACCUGAUUGAUUAUGAGUUGAAACCUAUGUCCACUUUCAUCACCAUUAUUAGAUUGUCCGACUAACCAAGGUCACCAUUACUGACUCAGUCUGUGUGCCAACAAAACAUUGACUGUUACAGAUAAAAGGCAUGUAUGUCAUCAUGAAAUGCACAUGUACAUCUUUGAAUCUCAGGACAUCAACAAGCCAUAUUAUUUCCACUGGGUUAUUUGCAAGGCUGAAUCUGAUUCUCUACCAUCAAAGAUUAAAAUCUUAACGAAAAACACAUCCUAUGCCACAUCCUAAGUUAGUAUGUAACUAUUGCAUACUUUUUUAAAUGCCUGGUGUGCAAGUAAGACAGAGAAACUGUAGGCAGACUCAGUGAUGGGGGGGGGGAAAGGUAUUUUCCUACAAGCACCGACAAUGCUGAUAAAUACUUUGUUGUGGGUAAAUGUUUUUGAUAUGAUACUUCUAUGUUGUUUACUAUAGCUACUUGAUAAAUUCAGUUAUUUGGAAUUUGCUCUGGAUAAUAGCAUCAGCUAAAUGACUAAAUGUAAAUGAUCAGAGGCAUUUAAAUUUAGAAAAGCAGGAUGGCUGUAUAGGAUGCCCACCAGCCAAUGACCUACGUUUGUUCCUAUUCAUUUUUUGUAAAAAUUUAAGACAAUAUUGGGAAUAUAUUUUGUUUUUAAUGAAUAUGAUAUGAAAAUGCCCUUUCGAACUGUUAUUACGGCUGGGUAUGUAUUACAGAUUUCAUUUUAUAUUACCUAUCUAAACUUUAAAAUGUAUUGGAAAAACAUGCUGUCAAGACAGGCUAGCCCAGGAAAUACCACAGGUUUAUUCAAUGCUGAGUAAAACUACUUUUGAAUACUAUGCCGCACACGCAUGGAAUGCCACCCAGUGAGACUAAGCUACAUAAUGCAACUUAAAAUGUCUGAUGAACAAAGUUUUUAUUGUUCAUUGUGAUCGUUUUUUUGUGUUGUAAUGCAGGGCACAGCUGUGAAAGAGCCCUUGGACUCAAUUGAUUUCUCUCAAUAAAUAAAGGUUAAAAAAAUAUUGGAAUUAUA